AUCUGUCUGUACUGUCUGUGUAAUCCUGUGUGAUAGGAAAGGGUUCUAAAAUUCAGGCAGAACAGAAAGGUCAAGAGACAAAGACCAGCAGGUGCUGUAGAUAAAGAGGUCACUGCAAGAUGGCAGGGUACUCAGAAUUGUACUUCAAUGUGGACAGCGGCUACUUGGAGGGUCUUGUUAGGGGUUUUAAGGCUGGCAUCCUCAAACAGAUUGACUAUCAGAACCUGGUACAGUGUGAAACAGUGGAAGAUCUGAAGCUACACCUCCAGAGUACAGAUUAUGGCAACUUUCUAGCAAAUGAAACUGGUCCACUUACAGUGACAACGAUUGAUGACAAGCUGAAGGAGAAACUGUUAACUGAGUUUCGAUACUUCAGAAACCAUUCCUUGGAACCACUGGCAACUUUCCUCAACUUUAUCACCUUCAGUUACAUGAUUGACAAUGUGAUUCUGCUGAUCACUGGCACUCUGCGUCAGCGGCCCAUAGCUGAACUGGUUCCAAAAUGUCACCCUUUGGGAAGCUUUGACCAGAUGGAAGCUGUCAGUAUUGCUCAGACUCCUGCUGAGCUCUAUAAUGCCAUACUUGUCGACACACCUCUAGCUCAGUUUUUCCAAGACUGUUUAUCUGAGACCGACAUGGAUGAAAUGAAUGUUGAGAUCAUGAGAAAUAAGCUGUAUAAGUCUUAUAUAGAAUCCUUCCAUAAAUUCUGUAAAGAACAGGGAGGUGCGACCGAGGAAACAAUGUGCCCCAUUCUUGAGUUUGAAGCAGACCGACGUGCCUUCAUAAUCACAGUGAACUCUUUCGGUACGGAGCUGAAAAAGGAAGACAGGCAGAUGCUGUUCCCAACUUGUGGAAAGCUUUACCCAGAAGGCUUACGAAGGCUGGCCAAUGCAGAAGACUAUGAGCAUGUGAAGGCCACUGCUGAUUACUAUGCUGAAUACAAAUUUCUCUUUGAAGGAUCAGGACGAGGUCUGGAUGAAAAGACACUAGAAGAUAAAUUCUUUGAACAUGAGGUCAAGUUGAAUACUCUAGCCUUCAUGAACCAGUUCCACUUCGGAGUGUUCUAUGCCUACAUCAAGCUGAAGGAACAAGAAUGCAGGAACAUCGUCUGGAUUGCUGAAUGCAUAGCUCAGAGGCACAGAACCAAGAUUGAUCAUUACAUUCCUAUUUUCUAAAUCAGAAAAUCAACGAGCAGAACAUUUGACAUGUUUGUUUUCACGUGAAAUAUUUCUAAUGUAAAAAAUAUUAAUUUAAAUACUAAUAUGGUAACACAAGGAGCCUAUGUGUUGUGAUCUAGCAGUAUAAUAUUUUGUAUUAGCCCUGUGCUUAUAUGUGGCCAGGUUAAAUUGGCAAUCAGUCAUCCAAUUUAACCUGACCACAUUCCGUACAUGGUUUUCAUUCCCUUCCAGUUUGGUCAGGCCUUUCAUUGAACCAUACACAUUUUCACAUGUUUGGUUGGUCUGCACAACUGGAGAAAAACUAAACAGCAACUCACUUUGGCACAGGCUUUCCCCCAGCCUGUGCCAUCAAAACACAUGACAGGGACCACUCACCCUGCCACACCAAUGUUUGUUGGUUCUUUGCUUGUAUUCUUUUUUAUGUCAAUCUGGAAUAUGUAGAUAUUUCAAAGACUGAAAUCAGACCAUGUGACCAAUCGCAAUGUUACCAGAGAGCAUGACUUUAUCUAUAGCAUUGUACAAUACAUGAAAUAUUUGUAUAUCCUUAAUUAAUGUCAAAAAGGAGUAAAUCAACAUAUUCUUAACAUUUGUACAGACCAAAAGGACAAAAAAGAUCCAAACAUUUAUUAUUAUUAUUAUUAUUAUUAUUAUUAUUAUUAUUAUUAUUAUAGUUUGAGUACUGACACUUUUCCUAAUAAAAGUAAUCUACAGCAUCUUU